UUUUAAACAGAACAAGAUGGCGGAGAAGAGCGGGCUUCGGAAUCGGAAUCAUUUGGAACAGAAAUAUAAAUACGACGUUUUUGACGAAGGUCAGUAUGGAGUGGAAGAUGUAGCGCUACCCUGGCAAGAUGAGGAACAGGAGGAAGAUGAUGAUGAGGAAGAAGAGGAGCUGUUCCUGAAUGGUGCUGAGGAGGAGGAGGAGGCAAUGGUGGCUGGGCCUGUACAGGUGGUGCUGGCCCAUGAGGACAGCCACCGGUUCGAGCUGGACGAGGCAGCCCUGGAGCGCAUUUUGCUUCAGGAGCAUGUGCGUGACCUCCACGUGGUGGUGGUGUCUGUUGCCGGAGCCUUCCGCAAGGGCAAGUCCUUCCUGCUGGACUUCAUGCUGCGCUACAUGUACAACCAGUCAUCCAGCUUCUGGCUUGGGGGUGAAGAAGACCCCCUGACUGGCUUCACUUGGAGGGGCGGCUGUGAACGGGAGACGACGGGGAUCCAGCUGUGGAGUGAGGUGUUCGUGGUGGACAGGCCUGAUGGGAGCAAGGUGGCGGUUCUUCUUGUGGACACCCAGGGAGCUUUUGAUAGCCAGUCCACCAUCAAGGACUGUGCCACAGUGUUUGCCCUGAGCACCAUGACUAGCUCCAUACAGGUAUACAAUUUAUCCCAGAAUGUUCAAGAAGAUGACCUUCAGCAUCUUCAGCUCUUCACCGAGUAUGGACGCCUUGCCAUGCAGGAGAUCUACCAGAAGCCCUUCCAGACCCUCAUGUUCCUGAUACGCGACUGGAGUUACCCCUAUGAGCACCCAUAUGGUUUAGAGGGGGGAAGGAGGUUCCUGGAAAAGCGAUUGCAGGUUAAGCAAAACCAACAUGAAGAGCUGCAGAAUGUCAGGAAGCACAUCCACUCUUGUUUCUCAAACAUAAGCUGCUUCUUGCUUCCACACCCUGGCUUGAAGGUCGCCACGAACCCCCACUUUGAUGGGAGACUGAACGAUAUCGACGAUGAUUUCAAGAAGGAACUGGAGAAACUCGUACCACUAGUGCUCUCCCCGGAGAACUUGGUCGUGAAGGAAAUCGGUGGAUCCAAGCUGACCUGUAGAGACCUCGUGGAGUACUUUAAAGCGUAUAUAAAAAUAUACCAGGGAGAAGAGCUACCUCACCCCAAAUCCAUGCUGCAGGCGACCGCCGAAGCCAACAACCUGGCUGCUGUCGCUGGAGCGAAAGACCUGUACAACAAGAACAUGGAGCAGUUCUGUGGGGGAGACAAGCCGUACAUCGCUCCCGCCGACCUGGAGCGCAAUCAUGGAGAGCUGAAGCUGCGCUCCGUGCAGCAGUUCUGUGCCGUGAAGAAGAUGGGCGGGGAAGAUUUCUGCCGCCGCUACCAGGAGCAGCUGGAGUGCGAGCUGGAGGAGGUCUACGUCAACUUCGUCAAGCACAACGACAGCAAGAACAUCUUCUACGCCGCGCGCACGCCCGCCACGCUCUUCGCCGUCAUGUUCGCCAUGUACAUCAUCUCGGGAGUGACUGGUUUCAUCGGCCUGAACUCUAUAGCUGGCCUGAGCAAUCUGAUUAUGGGCCUGGCACUGAUAUCGCUCUGUGCCUGGGCCUAUGUGAAAUACUCGGGGGAGUACCGGGAUCUCGGCACCGUCAUUGACCAGGUGGCCGAAACCUUAUGGGAGCAGAGGGCUCCAAGAAAGGUGUUAUCCAAAGUACUAGAGUCGGCAGGAAGUCGAAUGCUUUGGCGCCCUCUUGUGGCAGCACAGAGGAGGAGGCUGCCCUCAAACAACAAUUACAAGAAGAAGAAAUAGUUGUUGCUCUUUCUGUAUUUAAGGAUUUUUUUUUUAGGAUUGUCAGUGUGUGACUGCUGGGGGGAAUAAAUGUCUACCUGAUUCACAACAUUUAGACCACAGGUUGGCACCAUUCUAAAAGUAUUAUAUCUCUUGUAUGGUGGAACGCCGUCUGCAGCUUUGCCUGUAUAGCACUGAGCUGCCCUGUUCUCGUCGUCGUCUUUUGGUUUUUUUUCUCAUCGUCGCCUCCAUGUGCUCUUUGUCCCGUUUGUCACCCUUCAGGUACUGAAGCCCCUGAGCGAUCACUUUAUGGAGGAUAACAUUAGGCAGACUGUGGCCAACUCCCUCAAAGCCAGCCUGACUGAGCAGGGCCUGCAACACGGCAAGCUGAAGGCCAGCUAGCAGCCGGGGCCUGUGUAACCAAAGUGUCUUUGUUUUCAGCAACCCUUUCCUCACCUGAUAAUGUAGAAAUACCAACAACCUGAUGGAGAUGCUUGGUAUGUUGUGAGUAGCCUUUCAUCUGUGCAGCCCUGUUAAGAUGGGAUUUGUUUAACGUGGGUAUGUCAUGUAAUUAAAGCAAUUACCAGCGAGGUCUGUAAUGUUAAUCUAGUUCAAAUAUGGCAUGUCUGUAAUGAUUACAGCCCUCCACAGUCAAAAUUCAAGAGUGAAUUACCUUCUGUAUUGUAGGGAAUACAGACCACUUUUGGUAAUAGUUCAGUCUGAAUCGUCGUCUUGCUAAAGGUUGUGUGUAUAAAGGCGUGCCGCUGUUUUGUAAGGUGCAAACGCCAUUUAUCUGCUAAAAAUGGAGCUCAAAUGGGGUUCUGGGCUUUUCAUAUCUCUACCAUCACCUAGAGCCUCUUCUGUGCAAGGUUCGCAAUAGUUACAUAGCAGUACACAACUACUGAAUAAUACAGUCGGCCCUCCGUAUCCACAGGUUCAACUAACGGUGGAUCAGAGAUCCAGAAUUUUAUAUUUUUCCCUGCUCUGAGGCCUCUGCUGAACCUGCGCAGGUUCAGUGAUGUGUAGGCAUACCCUGCUGUACUGUCCUGAACCUCUACAGGCUUUAUACUGUACCUAGAGAAUAAUCACUGUAAUUAAUACAUAAAUAAUUGCUAUUUACAUGUGAAUUAUAAGUAAUGUGGAGAUGAUUUAAAGUGUAUGGGAUGGUGCGUGCAGGUUAUAUGCAAGUACUACGCCUUUUUAUCCAAGGGGCUUGAGCGUUCAUGGAUUUUGGUACCUGCAGGGGAUCCUGGAGCCAAUCCCCCCCUGGAUACCGAGGGACGACUGGACCCCAAUUUUUAAGCUACUGUGUGGCUGUGUUUCCGUUUCAUUACUAUGUUAUGGGAUUGGUCACCCAAAAAUGAAAAUGCUGUAGUUGCUUUAGAUAUGCUAAGAGACAAAAUCUGGAUGGGAUUAGUAUUGCUGCUAUCUUUGGUAAUUUGGGGACGUUACAUGCAUUUCUUAUCCUGUCCGAAUCACCCAGUCCAAUCACUACAUAUUUAAUCCUGUCCAAAUAGGGUUUAAGUGUCUUGGUCUUUCUGAGAAAGGAGAUGGUUGUGAUGCUACGUGGUCCUACUGUCACAGUGUAGGUUUGAGCAUUGCAACCUGAAGGGUCUGUGAAAGGAAACACUGUAGAAGAAAGACUGUCAAGUCUUGUACAGAUUUUGUAGUCAUAUCAAGCAGGGCAUGUAUAAAUAAAUGAUUUUGUAUGAAAUGGA